UCUGUAGACUAGCAGAAGGCUCACAUGGCAUGCACCCACAUCCGAUCCACGUCCAUCCGGAUCAAAAGAAACGCAACUUUUGGUAAAAGCUAAGCCCAGUCCGCCCGGCGCCCUUUGCCGACCGAUUCGGAAGAAGAGAAAUCCGGCCACCGCACCCUCCCCCUCCCCCGGGUGGAGGACGCCAAUCCCGAUCCUCUCUCGUCGAUUCUCCGAUCCCUGCGAUCCGUGCGUGAUUAUUUUCUUUUGGAGCUAGGUUUGAACUGUUGCGGCUAAACGAAUAAAUCCAAGAAGAAAGAAACAAGAUAUUGCAGGAGACUUGAUGUGUACUGUCUGAUGCACAAGUGCUGGCAACUUUCCAAAUAGAGACUUUUGUGGUUGCAAAGACAUGUGGACGAAUGUGUUCAGAAUUGGAGAGCUUCAAGCAAUUUCAUGGUUCCAGUUUCUUCCAUGUGAUUCUGAUCCAAACUCUCUACCUGAGAAAAGUUUAAAGGCAGAGCAGAAAGAUGCUGCUACUCAUCUGAUUCUUUCAGCUCAUCUGCAGUUACAAAAUGAAGGCUUUCUCAGCACAUGGACUAACUCCUUUGUUGGUCCAUGGGACCCAUCUCAGGGAGUGCACAACCCUGAUGAGAAAAUCAAGCUCUGGCUUUUUCUCCCUGGUCGUCACUCAUCAAUAAUUGAUACUGCUCAAGCUGCAGUAUCCAGAUUGAGAGUUGUGGGAAGUGGGCUGUGGCUAGCACCUGGUGAUUCAGAAGAGGUUGCUCUUGCAUUAUCUCAGGCUUUAAGAAAUUCUAUAGAAAGAGCACUUAGAGGGUUUUCGUACGUGAGAUUUGGAGAUGUUUUCACAAGAUGUCAUCCUUUCACCCUAAAUGGAAAAAGCUUUAGGAGAGCACAACCAACAUUUGAGUUCAUCUUUUCUGCCACAGAAGAAGCAAUCUAUGUGCAUGCAAUAAUAUCCGCAAAGCAUAUCCGGGGACUGUGCAGUGAUGAUAUAGAAAGAAUAUCAAGGAAUGGUUCCGUUCGUUCCACUCGUGAGGGACUCCCAGUUAUUGUUGGUCCUAAUGGAAUGCGAGGUAGGCUUACUGGAUGUUGUCCCAGUGAUCUUGUGAAGCAAGUAUAUAUCAGCAAGUCGAAGGUGUCAAAUGGGUUUACAGUUGGUAUGCCUUUCCCUGGUGCUCCAUCAUCUGGCUGCCAGUUCAGGGGGCAAAGUUGCUAUGUUGAAGUCACCCUUGGCUGCCCUUCCGCUUGUGGUGACAAAGUUUUGGAAUCGAAUGGCAAUCAAAGCAACAAUGCCAUCCAUCCUCAUACUGAAGAGUCUCAUUUUUCAUCUGUUGGAAAAGGCCAGCAGAAGCAGGGAACAAUUGAUCAGCUUCCGAUUCUUGAAAGAACAUUCAUUUACCCAGCAGAUGCUGUGGUAAUUCCUAUGAUGCACAGAGCCUUUGCUCGAUCUUCCGUCAAGAGAUUCUGGCUGCAAAAUUGGGUUGGAACAUCAGCAUUUGAGAUGUGGCCACUAUGGAAUUUUUUGGGAUCCUCUCGUAUUGAGCAGUGUUUUGCAUUUGGAAACACUUGCAGCAGUGGGCCCUUGGAUGGAGUUGGAGGUGACUUUAGCAGUUUGAGACUGCAAAAACAAUACAAUAGCAGCAGUAACAGCAUAACUAGUAGCAUCAGCAGUGUGAGCGGUACAUCCAGCGAUAGUGAAUAUGCAGUGGCUGCUGGAGCUGGUGAUCUUGAAGCCGAUGCUGACUCUCUUACAUGCAGACAUUCUGGUUUGUCUUCCAAUGAUCAGUUUGAGAAUGAUGGUCACAAAAUGGUCUCCAAACGUGCACGCACAGGCACAACAGAAACAGCUGGUCAACCAGGCACAGUUGUAAGUGCAACUAUCCAGGAUGCUUAUAAUACUGAAUAUAGUGUUGCUGAAGCAAACAAUUCAGCCGCUGCAGGAGCAGCAAAUGUUCAGGUUGGAUCUCGUUGGGAUUGGGAUGACGACGACAGAGGCAUUGGCAUGGACAUCCAAACGCUCCUCUCUGAGUUUGGAGAUUUUGGUGACUUUUUUGAAAAUGAUGUCCUGGCUUUCGGUGAGCCUCCAGGUACUGCAGAGUCUCAAGCUCUUAUUUUUCCAACUUCAGAUUGUGGGGACAUCAGUGGCAGCCCUAUGGGAGGAAUGGAAGUAUCACAUCAGAAACUCUCUCCUGUUGGGCUUGCAUCUUUUGAGGGAAUUAACCAUCAAUCUGUUGCACUUACAGAGGAUACUAGAAACCAAAGUACAGAAUUUACUAAGGAUGCUAGGUCAUCUGUUUUAGGAACCCAUUCUUCAGCACCCUCAACAGGGAAGUUUGACUAUCUGACAAAAGCUGAAGCCAUGAUGACAUUUGCCCCAGAAUAUGCAGCAGUUGAGAUGCCUGCUAGCGAGCUUCCGACGUCAAUUUUUAAAAGCCCAUACUUCCCUAGAUCUAGAAAGGUUGAGAGUUCACAUUCGAGCUCUGUUGCUUAUGUGUAUAAUGCAGCACCACCUUCUCCUCGAACGAUGACCUCAGAAGAAAAGCCUGAGAUCUCAGCUAAACUCAAACUGGGUUCCAUGGGGCAUGGUGGGAAUUCAUCUUUUCAAUCUUCAAAAUUAUACACACAUGUACAAAGUGGGACAAAAAAGACUAACAAGAGAUCAGUUAAUGAUGGUGUCCCUUCACGUGAAGUAGAGGUUCCAUUCUCUAUGUCCGGCAUAAGUUCCUUAAGUACUGUCCCUACUCUCCAAAGGAAGAAUGAAAACAUGUUGGAGACAGCACAUUUUCUGCUGUCUCUGAAGACCGUGCUUGCUACAGAACUUGAAUCCAUCAUGUUCCAAGCUGCCAUGUGUCGGAUAAGACAUACUUUAUUAUCUCUUAGCAAUAAAGUUCCUAUUGGGUUGAGGAGCGCUAUAUCAGAUCUAGUCCAAAGUGAUACAGGCACCAAAUCAGACAUUAUGAUCUGUAAAUAUGAGAUAAAGAAGAAAGAUAACAUACCAGUCAGAAUAGCUGGUGAUAGUGAUAGCGGAAUGCAUGAUGGACCAGUUACUGCACAAGUGGGUGUUUGGCGAUCGGUUGGAGCUCCUAAAGGAACAAAGUCUUCAAUUACGCGCAAUUCUGAAAAUUCAUCUUCUUUGCCUCUCAGUACAUUGCAUGAUGAGAAUUUAAAUCUCUAUGGACAAAGGCAACCUCUUCAGGAUCUUCUUGAUGCUCUGGCCUUGUUAGUUCAGCAAUCUACUUCCUUCGUUGAUGUCUCACUUGAUACAGAUGAUGGUGAUGGCUCCUAUUGUUGGCUUGCACUACAAGAGCAGCGGAGGCGUGGAUUUUCUUGUGGUCCAUCUAUGGUUCAUGCAGGUUGUGGUGGACUUCUAGCCACAUGCCAUUCUGUGGAUAUUGCUGGCAUUGACUUAUUGGAUCCACUUUCAGCUGAUAUUCAAGCAUCAUCUGUGAUUAGUUUGCUCCAGUCAGAUAUAAAAUUAGCCUUAAAAUCUGCUUUCGGAAAUUUGGAUGGUCCACUAUCUGCAAUCGAUUGGUGCAGGGGUCGUGGCCAAUCAGGUGAUUCGAAAGCUAUGGGAGAUGGAUAUUCUUUUCAGUGCACUGUAAGUGAAGCUAAAGAUUCUUCAAGCACUGUAACCCUCACUGGAGAGCCAAUUAGCCCACCUCAGUCUACUGCUGGUUCAUCUUGCCUCAGAGAGGGAGCAAGAAUUGAUGAGUCAUCUCAAAGGAGAUCCAGCCAAGAGAUAUGCAAUUCAGAGUCAGAACAACAAAAAGGCUAUUGUCGUUUCAGGCCAACACCUACAAUGCUCCCAUUACCUUCUAUACGUGUUGGGUAUCAGGAUGAUUGGCUAGAUAUGCCAGCAAAGAAUUUACAAUUUUGGGAAAAGGGUCCUCUUGAACCUUAUGCUUCACCGAAGCCAAUUAUUUUCUAUGCCUUAUGUCCAGAUAUUGAUCUCCUUGCUUCUGCUGCUGCCGAAUUUUUUCAACAGUUAGGAACCAUUUAUGAAGCAUGCAAGCUAGGAACACAUUCACCUCAAAUAGGUGGACAGAUGGACCCAUCCUUGGCAAGAUAUUUACCUUCUGGCCUUGUUCUUGUUGAUUGCCCUCAACAAGUGAAGAUUGCCAGCAAUCAUAUUACUGCUAUCAGCUCAAUACGUGAUUAUUUUUUGGCACUUUCCAAAGGUUGGAAUGUGAAGAACUUCAUUAAGUCUCUUACAAAGGUUAUCAAGGAACUGAAACUUGCUCCGAAUUUGUCAAUAAAUCAAAAAGAAGGAAGUAGUGGGCCUUGUACGGUAGUUUAUGUUGUAUGUCCCUUCCCUGAGCCUAGGGCAGUUCUACAAACACUGAUUGAGUGUGCCAGUGCUCUUGGAUCGUUGGUUCUGUCACCAGACAAAGAGAGACGAUCUCUAUUACAAUCUCAUGUUGCUAGGGCCUUAAACUGUACUGCUGCUGCAGAUGAAGCAUCGGCAUCAAAUGUUGUAAUGCUCUCAGGGUUCAGUAUUCCUAAGCUUGUUUUGCAGAUUGUUACUGUGGAAUCCUUGCUACGGAUCAACAGGCCAACUAAUGAGGUCGCCAUUUUGAAGGACAUCGCGUUCACAGUAUACAAUAAGGCUCGACGAAUCGCAUGGGCUGCUCCUGCCUCUGACAUGCUUCAGUCAUCAGCUGCCUCAGGGCGAUCUCAAUCCACAUUGAUGCAUGUAACUUCUCCUAUUCCAGGCCUGUGGAAGGACUGCCAUGCUUCUCGGUUACCUGGAGCAACUCUUGCAAGAGAGGCCGAACUUGAUUCUGCCUUAAGACCUGGCACUUGGGAUAACUCAUGGCAAACAUCAAGGGGUGCAGGGUUAACUUGCGAACCAAAUAGACCAGUAGACUUAUGUGGUCAGGAUGACACAAGGUACAUGUUUGAACCACUUUUUAUAUUGGCAGAACCCAGCUCCAUAGAGCAUGGAACCCCUUCCACUGUGUUUGGUAGUGCAGUGUCCGAGACUUCAAGUUUAAAAUCUGUUAUUGAUGACAGUGGCAUGUAUAUGCAAAGUUCAUCUUCUGGAGUGAAUGCAGAUAUUGGAACAACCUCCCUGCUUGAUGGAUCGGAGCAUGACUCUAAAACAGCAGGUCUUCAUUGUUGUUAUGGGUGGACUGAGGAUUGGCGCUGGCUAGUCUGCAUCUGGACAGACUCUAGAGGAGAGUUGCUUGACAGUUGCAUAUUUCCCUUUGGUGGCAUCAGUAGCCGCCAAGACACAAAAGUUCUCCAAAGCCUUUUUGUCCAGAUUCUGCAACAGGGCUGUCAAAUAUUAUUAUGUUCAUCCACUGAUUCUGCUACUGCCAAGCCAAGGGACAUAAUAAUCACACGUUUUGGAUGUUUCUUUGAGCUUGAAUGUCAAGAAUGGCAAAAAGCUAUCUACUCAGUUGGCGGCAAUGAAGUCAAGAAAUGGCCUUUACAACUGCGGCGGUCCAUGCCUGAUGGCAUUCCCUCGACAACUAAUGGGACUUCUCUGCAGCAGCAGGAAUUGGGUUUAAUUCAAGACAGAAACCUACUCUCCUCACCUAGCCCUUCUUUGUACAGUCCUCAUUCCAAGUCCAGCUUCAUUAAAGGUGGUCUGGCUCAAUCUAGCACCAAAAAACAGCUCUUAGCAGGACAGACAGGUGUAGAUAGCCCAAGGGGGUUGUUGCAAUGGGUGCAGAGCAUCAGUUUAAUUGGAGUUUCCAUUGAUCAUUCGUUGCAUCUAAUUCUUCAGGCAGAUAUGUCUUUCGCCGGUGGAGGAUCUCAUAGCAGCAGCAGCUCAAGCCUUUCAGGCUACUUAGAAGGAUUCACUCCGGUGAGGUCUCUAGGAGGGUCUAUGCAGGAACCUUAUCUCCUAAUCCCCUCGCCUAGUUUGCGCCACCUACCUCCAACACCCUUGCAACUUCCCACAUGCCUGACUUCAGAGUCUCCGCCCCUUGCCCAUCUUUUGCAUAGCAAAGGGUCUGCAAUUCCCCUGGCGACGGGAUAUGUUGUUUCCAAAGCGGUCCCAACCAUGAGAAAAGAUCCAGCAGAGUUGACAAAGGAAGAUUGGCCUUCUAUUCUUGCAGUCAGCCUUGUUGAUCACUACGGACGCAACAAUAACAGCAUCCAAGAAAAGAUGGUCCGAGGUGCUGGUAACAUCACUAUUGGUAAGCAAGGUAGGAGUUUGACUCCGGAGGUCAUCAGUAGAGACUGUGAGACAGAGACUCAUUUGGUUUUAGAGUCUGUAGCAGCUGAGCUUCACUCUCUUUCUUGGAUGACUGCAAGUCCGGUGUACCUUGAAAGGCGCACUGCACUACCUUUUCACUGCGACAUGCUUCUAAGACUAAGAAGGCUACUGCACUAUGCGGAUAAAGAGUUUUCUCGGCCACCAGAGAAGACACUGCAAGCUUAGGCAAGUUUAUGGUCUUUAGGCAGUCUAUAACACCAAAUUUACCAGCUGAUUUUCUCUUCUAAACAUAUCUUGUACAUUUUCAAGUUGCUUCUAACACCAGGAUGUCUGGUAGGCUGCUACUGAUAAUUUUGAUAUUUUGGGUUGCCUGGAGGUGUAAUAUAUCUAUUCUUGUAAGUAUAGUCAUCAUAUUCAAUUGAUUUUCACCGAGGAUCUCAUCUGUA